ACAAACAAACCCAGCCUCGCCGCCAAAAUGGGAGGUUCGUCAGAUCAACGCGCUGGCGCCAUCUUGCUUGCGGUUUCAGUCGUGUCCUACGUGUACUACUUCUUGUGGGUGAUUAUCUCGCCCUUUGUCGACAAGGAUCACAUCGUUCAGAGCUUCUUCCCCGAACGCUACUACGCCAUCGCCAUUCCUUCGGUGCUACUCGUCGUGUUCCUCACCGUCUGCUCGACGUUUAUCGGUCUCGUCAUGAUUCGAUCCAAACCUCCAAAGCCCAAAGUCGAGUAGUAUAUGGUAGGUAUGCAAGCUUAUCCCUAUUAUAUUACCCCACCCUUUUCGUCGUCACGAUCGAGUCCAGCGGCAGGACAUCAACAUCACUCGCGCGACGUGGGCAUGGUUCUGCUCCAACGGAAUUGAGAUGCCUUUUGUUGGGAGCAAAUUGCGUUGCUCCCCGUUGAAUUGUGAGAAUCGAUGGUACAAAUUGACUAAGUCGUGAAUACAACGAGUCUAAAUUGAGAUAAUGCGAAAU